AUGCCCACCAUCUCCUCAUAUUCAUGUAUUGAGGCCAAUCAAGGAUACAACUUGUUGAAAAAUAAUCAUUUUCUCCCCAACUUGGUCCUCAGCUGGAGCAGAUCCCUGACCCUCUCAUCUCCCGAGGCUGUGAACACCCCUGCCAACACAGCAGGAGGGGAGCCAGGGGUUGGAGCGGAGCUUCCCUGGCGGCGCCGGGAUGGUGAGUGCGGCGCGGGCGGGAGCGAGGGGCGGCGGCGGCUCCGCGGCGCGCUGACCCCGCUUUGCUCUCGUGCCCAGGCCUCCAGCUUUAAGAAAGCCUCGUUGGGCGGCGCGGCGCCGAGGAAGAAGGCCAGCGCCAAGCUGGAGCUCACCGAGGAGCAGAAGCAGGAGAUCCGUGAGGCCUUCGAUCUCUUUGACGCAGAUGGCACCGGCAACAUAGACGUGAAGGAGCUGAAGGUAGCCAUGAGAGCACUAGGGUUUGAACCAAAAAAAGAAGAGAUCAAGAAAAUGAUAUCAGAUAUUGACAAGGAAGGAACAGGAAAAAUCAGCUUCAAUGACUUCUUGGCAGUGAUGACACAGAAAAUGGCUGAAAAAGAUUCCAAAGAGGAGAUUCUCAAAGCUUUCAAACUCUUUGAUGAUGAUGAAACGGGCAAGAUCUCUUUCAAAAACCUCAAACGCGUAGCCAAAGAACUGGGGGAAAAUCUCACCGAUGAAGAGCUUCAGGAAAUGAUUGAUGAAGCAGAUAGAGAUGGGGAUGGGGAAGUGAAUGAGCAAGAAUUCCUGCGGAUCAUGAAGAAGACCAGCCUUUACUGAAGCUCAGUUUUAUUUAUUUGUGCACUUGUGCAUGUAU